UGUUUGCUGCUGGCGCAUGCUCGUUACAAUAAAAAGGUUCAAGUUCACGUUUCAGGUCCCAUGGGUUUGCCUGGAUUUUAGUACGAUCGAGCCACAUAAACAAAACAGCAAUAUUGCUACACUAGUUUAGGUAACAGUCAACGUGAAUAAACGGAGUGAAGAAAUUAAUGUUGACGUCAGCGCUCUGAUUUCCUAUUUCGCAGGAAGCAAACUUUUUUUUUGUUUUGCCUUAACUUAUUGCAGGAAACUUUGGGAUGCAUACUUAGUCUGCGUUUAUGCUUUGUCGUUAUUCGGUUGAACUGAAGAGCUUUCUCGUCUUCCAUCAGAGUUUGUAUCAUAACUUUUUGUUGUUUAGGCUACUAGCGAUUUCUCGAGUUCUGUGACCGUCAUGAACGAAAAAAGGACGAACGAACAAAAACACUGGACCUUAGUGACAGCAUUUGUACUUCUUACUUUAAUCUUUGCAUCAUUUUGCACGGCUGAGGAAGCGUCGUGUCACGGGGCAUUUGAUCUUUAUUUCGUAUUAGACAGAUCAGGAAGUGUGUCGAACGACUGGGGUGAGAUCUAUGGAUUUGUUGAACAGCUCACUAAUCGUUUUGUGAGCCCAAGCAUGAGGGUGUCCUUCAUAGUUUUCUCCACCAAGGCUGAGCUCAUGUUGCCCCUCACUGGAGACAGUGACAAAAUUCAAGACGGUUUACGGCGGCUGAGUGAAGUGAAGCCGGCAGGUGAGACGUACAUGCACGAAGGAUUUAAAAAGGCUUCGGAGCAAAUGAAGGCGCAGACCACAAAGUCCUCAAGCAUUAUUAUUGCCUUGACUGAUGGAAAGCUUGAGCCUUACCUAUUCAAGCUCACGGUAGACGAGGCCAACACUGCGAGACAGUAUGGCGCGAGGGUGUACGGUGUCGGAGUGAAGGAUUUCGACGAGGCGCAGCUCGCCGAUGUUGCUGACACAAAAGAGCAAGUAUUCCCCGUUAAAGGCGGGUUUCAAGCUCUCAAAGGAAUCGUCAAUUCGAUUUUAAAGCAGUCCUGCACUGAGAUUUUAAGCGUGGAGCCCUCCAGCAUUUGCGUGAACGAGUCUUUCGACAUUGUGCUGAGAGGAAACGGGUUCACUCUGGGAAGGAGCGCGGAAGGAAUCGUCUGCAGCUUCAUCCUCGAUCAGCAGACCUACAGCCAGAAGCCGACCGUGGUGAAACACAACUACCUGCUCUGCCCGGCGCCGGUGCUGCAGGAAGUGGGAAAAUCAAUAGACGUGCUGAUCAGCUUGAACAACGGCAAGUCCUUCAUCUCGAGCGCUUUCACCAUCACUGCUACCACAUGCUCUAACGGGGUGGCUGUGACAAUUGUGUUCCUGGUGCUGCUCCUGUUGCUGCUCCUGGCCCUCAUGUGGUGGUUCUGGCCUCUCUGCUGCACCGUGGUCAUCAAAGACCCUCCUCCACCGCGUCCUCCAGCUCCUGAGCCCGAGCCGGAGGAAGACCAGCUGCCGAAGAAGAAGUGGCCUACCGUGGACGCGUCCUACUAUGGGGGCCGGGGGGCCGGCGGGAUCAAGCGCAUGGAGGUCCGUUGGGGUGAAAAGGGAUCCACGGAGGAAGGGGCGAGAUUAGAGAAAGCCAAAAAUGCUGUGAUCUCCAUAGUGGAGGAAGCGGAGGAGCCCAAUAUGAGAAAACCCCCGAAGCCUAAGCCAACCUAUCAACACCGAGAGUCCAAAUGGUACACUCCGAUUAAGGGCCGCCUGGACGCACUUUGGGCUCUACUGCGGCGGCAGUACGACCGAGUUUCCCUCAUGCGGCCGACGACGGCGGACAAGGGCCGGUGUAUGAAUUUCAGCCGGAUUCAGAACCGUUAAAUCAACGUCCUCCGACCUUCGAGGGUUUCUAUCUACUGUGGAAAGCAGAAGAGGAGGAAUUCAAGGUUUUUUUUUUUUUUUUUUUUAAAUCGAAUGGCUUUGCCCAAAAACCACUAUUGUUUUGCAUCUAACCACGUAGUGCACUUAGGAGACCUCUCACCUCGGUGCAGGGUCAUUCAUAAAUGCAGAAUUACCAUAAGCAUAUUGUCACAUCCUCUGAUAUUAGUAGCAGUGGCAGAUUUCCUUUUCUGUUGUUAAUUUUACUUAGGGACAAGCGAACAUGGCGAGCACUCUUCGCUUUGUGCCGUUCGGUUUCCGUUAGCUUCUUGUGCACACCAAAGGCUUAACAUAUUCUGACCAUAUUGUGCCUUCUGUGGAAAACCUAAUUUCAUGGACACAGACGGAAGCUAUUUAAAAAAAAAAAGGGGGAAAAAAACAGAGUGAAAGAGGCUGUUUGCCAUUGGCAUGGAAGUAGAAAUAAUCCCAGCGGGCCUAGCAAGUGCACAAGUCCAUUGCCUCUUGGCAACGUCUCAUCACAAAAAUCUCUCCAACUCCACUAUCAUUCAGUGCCUGGCGGGAGCUUUCUGACUGGCGAUCUUGUCAUUUUAACACUGAGAAGUGCACACGCAUGACAAAUCGUAGACAGGGUUGCCCCAAGGUAUCGGGAAAGCAGCAAGACUUUGCCCUUUAGUUUCUGGAGACACCUUUCUUUCAUUGUGCACCAGGGACGGGAAAAUUAAUAGAGCGUUACUCUACUGAGAGACAGCCCAGAACCAAAGAUCUCCGGCUAGGUUUGAGGGACCGACGCUCCAAGGCCUCGACGUGGCAGCUGGUGUCCCCCGCAAACAUUUAUUUUUGUUUUCGCUUUGAGUUCCGUCAACACACAAACAAAUAAAAUCUAUAAACCUAGCUAUCGCUUUGCAUUUUUUUUUAGAACAGGGACACGGCCAUCUUAAAAGCGUUAUCUCCUCCAUCUUUCAAAUCUCCAAGGGCUCCACUGCGUCACAACCCAGUAAUUUUCGCUGCGUGGGAAUCUCAAAGUUUAAUUAAUAUAAUUAAAGACAACAGCAAGCAGCAGCCUGUGAAGACUCCGCUCAUCUUUUUUAUGCCUUUUGACAUUGAAUGACCUAUUACUGUAUUCGCAUCGUUUGGAGUAAAAGUGUCGGUAACGUGUAGCCAUGUCUGGAAUAAAAAUAUGUGUUAAAAAAAAAGUGGGGCGGAUAACCAGGCGGAUAACCCCAUUGUUCAUUUUAAGAAUUACGCUCAUAGUCGCGUCAGACCCUGACAAAAAAAAAAAAACUUGCGAUAUAUAUAUAUAUAUUUAUUGUAAAAAAAUUUCAAGCGCGCUGUCACGACGACGAUCCCGGAUGAUGUUAGCACGAGUGGAAACUCGGUGGGGGUGGGAAAGGGGGGAGCAGCUGAAGAAAAAGGCUCGAACGAUCCAGUCACUUUCGAUACGGUACUUCAGAUGCAAAAUGGAUAUUCGAGUCGAAACCUGACAAGGCGCGCCCGCUUUGACGGGAACCGGUAUAGACAAUGACCAGUGGCUGGGUCAGUGGGAUGUCUCUGUGCAAGCGGGGAAGCUUAUCAAAUGACACUAAAAAUAAGUUCAACAACCAUCAAGUUUGAGGGGAAUGGGCGAACGUCUCACAUUUGGUGGGCAUGCGAGUGUGAGGGAUGGGGAGAGCGUGGCGAGGCGUUCCUGCUCUAAUUAUUCCUUUGUGCUCUUCUGCUGAAAUCGCGAGGGACGCGAAUGAUUCUCUCGGUCGACGACCACAUUCGCGGCCCGCCACAAAUGCACGUUUGUUUGUUUCUUUUUGUUUCAGCCACUUGCGUGACCGUUAGCGCAACGCUUGUUCUUGUCGACCGUAAUGCUGCUUGUUUAGAUUUCAAGUAUAUAGAUUCGUUCAGGUUUCUAUUAUCCGAAAGAGGAUUUUUAUCGCAAGAACCACUGACCGCCUAAGCACAUGCCAGUCACAGUACCGCUGUCUGUUUUGAUAAGAAACCCUUAGAAAUCUAGGACCAAGUUACUGAGCCAUUUGCCGAAGGCCUGGUUAGUGUUUGUUAUUGGCAGAUAAAUAAGAAAUUCGACACGUAAAAAUAUUUUCAACUCUUUGUUAAACCUGUGAUAUUUCAGAUGGAAUAUUUUAUCACUGAUUGUGUUUUUCGGGCCAGUCGGCACGAUGUGGAAUUGUUUGCCAGAGUGUCUGAGAUGCCCAAUGUUUUUUGCACAGCCUGCAACCAAGUCGGAAUGUUUCUAUAAGCACGUGCUUUAUGUCUUUUACAUUUUUGAUUUGAAAAAAAUAAUUAUUUUACUUAAUUUCUUAAAAAUUCAAUUUCAUUUUUAUUCAUUUUGUUCAUUUAAUUCAUUCAUUUUAAAUUGCUGUCUUUUUUUUUUUGUUUGUUUCAAAAUUUAAAUAGAAAAAUUAGUUGCUUGGCACAUAGGAGAAGAACACUUUAUUUUAGAUUAAACCUGCAUAAUGUAUUAUAUUUUUCUACCAGUUAGUUAAUGUCCAUAUAAAAUAAUACCACAAUGCUUUUUCAUCGAUAAAUGAAAUGACAGAAAAUAAGAUAAACUUGUUUUGACUUCUUUAUUACUUCAAACAACAAUCCAACCAACAAACGUUAAAUCUGUAAAAUUUCCUUUCAGUUUUUUUACUACCCUUUAAGUGUUAAAAUUGUAAUUUAAGUGUUACUGCACCUUGGAUUAAUGUAACUCAUUGGUCAAACAAGUACUGAUUGCACUGUGUGCAGUUUACAAAUAAGGUAUUGUAAUAUGUUGGUAUGUUUACAGGUAUUGUAUCAUCUUAGCCAUGUCAUAACUGCAAAUUACAUCAAAUUGAUAGUUUCUUUUAAGACAUCCUUCAUUCAUCAAAAUGUGUAUGACAUAGUACAAAAUUUUUUCAAAUAUGUUGACCCAUUAUGUCAUUUUUUCCCCAGUUUUUGGUCACUGGUAAAUCAGCGUAUCCUAAGUGGACAGGCCCAUUACUGUGACUGUCCCUCGGUAAGAAAUGACUGAAAACAAAAAAGCUGAAGGCAAUCUUUUAAUUGGGCCCGAAAAGAUUUAUAAGGCCAGACAGGGGAUGUAAUUAUGUUUGGAGAAACGGGAGUGAGUCGAAUGCGCGGUGGAGUGGACUGUGGGCCAGACCUGGCAAAAAUGUCCGCCACCAGAGGCGCCCUGUGUGCCCCGAAGCCCAGCCAGGACCCAGGCGCCCGCAAAUGAGGUCUCCCCCCGUUUUGUUAAAAAAGACGCGUGUUGCACACCUACUGUUUCCUCGUCGUCCGCACGCCGUGACAGGACGCUCCCAGUGCCGGCAGGCCGCAUUUAACCCUUCCCUUCCCCCCCCACCCGCCCCCCACACUCGCCCCCCGCCCCUCUCUGGAAAGGACAGGAUAAAACAGAUGUCCCUCUGCAGGAGUUGGGCUCCCUGGAGGAGAGAAAUGGGCAAGGGGAAGGGGGAGGGGGGGCGGUGUCCUUCGUGCAGAGGCUGGCGAGCGUGGUUUUUUAGCGCGCACGCGAGGGUACGAUCUGCCUCAGCCUGGCCCCUCGCCGUUUUCAUGUACGGAACUUAGCGUGGAAAUGAAAUUUUCAGUUUGCCGUUAGCGGGGUCCAGACACUGAUGCUAGUGCUUAAACUUUUUUAGUCUUACCAUUUUUUUUUUUAUUGUUUUACAUUUUUUUGGUUUCAGUGUGAAUAUAUGCUGUUCUCAAGCUUUUUUUAUUUUAAUUUUGUUUUUAGAAAUGUGCUUUGAUAUUAGCGUUGUUAUGCUGUUUGUGCACUUAAUGAAUAAAGAUAUCUUUUAGAAAUG